CAGAGAAAGGCCACAGAGCUAUUGAUAAAAAUAAGGAGCGAGAAUACAACAGGAAACGCUUCUUCUCCACACAGCUGAUGGAUUUGUAAGAUAGAAAAGGUGAUAACGUGAAAGGAAACAGUGACAGAAGAAAGGAGACUGAUAAAACUGUUCGAUGAGGAGGGAGAGAGAGAGAGCAAGAAAGAGAGAGAGAGAGAAAGAAAGAAGUGUGUUGGCUGAUGUUUCACCCUUCUGCUUUUUGAUGUUAUGGCGGUGUGAAGUUUUGAAGACAAAGAGCACGCAUGUGGAGGAGACCUGCUCUCUCCGGCAGCGUUACACGAGGCCAGAUGUCACGUCUAAGUGGAAAAGCUGUCACACAUCAACUGCCCACACACUGAUGAUUCACUGCCGUUCCACCGGGGUGCCCACUGGCACGAUCUGAGGACUGAAGGAGUCAAACCCCAAGGCUACUAUGGUUUGACAGGAAGAGCUCAAAAACAGAGCAGCGCAGGACGCAAACGGCACCAAAAUACCUGAUUCUUCUGUUCAGACUGCUGCAGAGAAACGACAGCACAGGUCACAGCGUGAACUCUCUACAAUGGACAGCAUGGAUGCACCGACCUGACCGCCAGCUGAUCACAAACCGCUUCUUCCUCUUAUAAACUCGCUGCAGACUUAAAAGGCAAAUCGCUGAAGAGCUGACAUGUCUCUGAUGGAGAACGCCACCUGUGACAACGGCACUCUAAAGAUGUACCAGCACCACAUCUAUGCUGUGGUGUAUAGUGUGAUCCUAGCCCCAGGCCUGCUGGGUAACGUGCUGGCCAUCUGGGUGUUCAGGAUCUACAUCAGAGAAACCAAGAAGGCCGUGGUGUUCAUGAUGAACCUGGCUGUGGCCGACCUGCUGCAGGUGCUGUCGCUGCCUCUGCGGAUCUACUACUACCUGAACGACACCUGGCCCUUCGGUCAUUUUCUCUGCAUGAUCUGCUUCUACCUGAAGUAUGUCAACAUGUAUGCCUCCAUCUACUUCCUGGUGUGCAUCAGUGUGCGUCGCUGCGAGCUCAUCAUGCGGCCGCUGGUGUUCCACUCGUCCAAGCGCAAGGGAGACUUGUUGAUAUGUGGGCUGGGCUGGCUGCUGGUGUGUCUCUGCUGCCUGCCUUUCCCCGUGCUGAGAAGUUCGGACCCAGAUAUUCUCUCAAAUUCCACCCAGUGUUUCUCAGAGCUGCCGACUAGGACUAUCAGUCUUCCAACGGUCUGGGCCAUCCUGGUCACAGCAGAACUGGCGGGCUUCAUCAUCCCCCUCAUCUUAAUGCUGGCCUGCGCCUGCAUGACCUCUUGGAGCCUCCGGGGGACGAGGGCAGGGGCUAUUCCUGACACGGGGGAAAAGCGGAGGGCAUUAAGGACGGUGCUAAGCUGCGUUGCCGUCUUCUUAGUGUGUUUUUUACCUUAUCAUAUCACUAUGCCCCUUGAUUUCCUGGUCAAAGCCAAAGCCCUCACCAACUGCACCCUCAUGGCUUUCAUCCUGCGAUGUCACCCCGUGACUCUCUGCCUGGCCAGUCUGAACUGCAGCCUGGACCCCAUCAUGUAUUAUUUCACAACCAAGGAAUUCUGGAGGAGACUGAGCAAGCCAGAGAUACCAGACAGCAUCCCCUUCAACAGACGCCUGUCCUGCAUGACGGGAGGAGAUGACGACUAGUCUGUGUUUGCUGCUCACGGAGAGCGCUGGCGUCUUCUCAACCACUGACUCCUCCAAUAAAGACAUUCACAUAUAAACCAUAAUUAACAUUCAAUUAAGUUUGUGAAAAAGCAGAACUGAUGUUUAUGGGUUGUUUUUUUUUUUAUUUAUUU